GCAUAUAAAGGGCCGAGGCGGCCGCUCACCGCCAGGUUUUCCCUUCCACGGGCACACGUGCCGCCUAGGACGGGGGUGACUUGCUUGUCGUCGAAGCCGCGCGUGGCAGCCGCACGAACGACGAGGAAGGCGAGUAAGGGGGCAGACGGCGAGGGCUGCCAGGGCAACGUCCAAGCCCGGCCAGGUGAGGCGAGUCCCCCACCGGCGCGCACCUGAAGAGGGAGGGGCGAUUUGACUGCAGCUCCCUGUCAGCUGCUCCGCGGCCCCGCACUCCCCUCGCCAGCGCCGAGCCCUCCCAUGAGCGCCGUCACCCUGGACAGCCUGGAUUCGCUGUCGUGCUACAGGAGCUGGUCGCUGGAACCCACCAACUUCUACGACGCCAAGGUGGGCGAGGGCGGCGGCGGCGGCCUGAGCCCCUCGUGCAAGCCGGGCAGCAUGAGUGUGGCCGCCGUCGAGGAGGCCGGCGUGGUCGCCUCCGCCCCGAGCAGCGGCAGCCGCGACCUGGCCGAGCUGAGCGCCGCCGCACCGGCCAUGUACGAGGACGAGAGCGCCAUCGACUUCAGUUCCUACAUCGACUCCAUGGCGGCCGUGCCCAACCUGGAGCUGUGCAACGACGAGCUCUUCGCGGACCUCUUCAAUAGCAACCACAAGGGCGGCGAGCGCGGCGCCGGCGGCGCGUACGGGGACUACCUGCCGCCGCCCCCGCCGCAGCACACGUCCAGGGGCAGCGCCUUGGCCAGCCUGCUGCACGCCAGCGUCCCGCCGGGCCCGCUCCGGGGCGCCGUCAAGCAGGAACCCGAGUGGGGCGACGAGGCAUCCGGGUCGGGCUCGCUGCUGCCCUCGCAGAUCGCCACCUGCGCCCAGACCGUCGUCAACCUCAACGGACAGCCCACGCCACCUACCUCUCCGGAGCCGCCGGGCAGCGCCUCGCCGUCCAGCUACAGCAGCCGCUCGUCCGCCUCGUCGUCGUCGGGCGGGAAGGAGCGGGCGGCGAAGAAGUGCGUGGAUCGGUUCAGCCCGGAGUACCGGCAGCGGCGGGAGCGCAACAACAUCGCCGUGCGCAAGAGCCGUGACAAAGCCAAGCGUCGCAACCAGGAGAUGCAGCAGAAGCUGGUGGAGCUCUCCUCCGAGAACGAGAGGCUGCACAAGAAGAUCGACCAGCUCACCCGGGACUUAAACAGCCUCCGACACUUCUUUAAACAGCUGCCGAGUGCCACUUUCCUGCAGGCCUCCGCGGCGACGGACUGCCGGUAACCGGCUGCAGAGGGAGCCACCGCGCCUGCCUAUGCAAGAGACUUUGAACUUCUCCAGGAAUACCUCACAGAGAGCCGCACAGACUGCAGCGGGGGCUGCGGGGGAGGGAGCGGGGAGGGGGGGCAGAGCUGCUGCCUGCGCCCGGAGACGGUGCCAAGGUGCGCGAAGGAGCCGAGCGGGGAGGGGGCGAGCCCCGAGCGCUCGCGGCUGCUUCCCUCCCAAGGAAGGAGAAACGUGGGUCGCAGGGCGAGAAAGGCACACACCGUGAAAACGUGUUGGCUUUCACCUGUCUUUUCUGAAUGGGCUAAGCUUGGGUCUUUAACCAUAAAACUUGCCAAAGGGGUGGGGGGGUGUUAAAGCUAAAUGUCUCUUUCUUCCUAAAUUAUUUUUGUAAUGAUAGUUUUGUUUUUGUGUGUUUUUUCUACAUCUUAGUCAUAUUGAUGCAGCUACGGUACUUUGUAAGAAACAAAAUGAUUUUCAAACUCCUAAAACACUUUAUUGUAAACAGCAAGAAAAAAAUAGACUGAGCAUGCUGAAACAUUUAUAUAAAUUUUUACAGCAUUUCUAAAAAUAAAAAACUUGAAAUUUA